CGAGAUCUUACCAUCGAGUGCUUUACUCUACCUUUCGAGAACGUUGCGCAAAUUUCUCGAAUUCAUUAAGAUCAUCAAGUCCUCGAAGAGGGGACAGACAGUUUUCGUCGGUUGGAAGCUGGAGCAGCGAGAAACGGACGGAUGUUUGUAAUGUGGAGGACAUCGUGGGGAGGUAGCAACGGGAGCAAGCAGGAAGAGAGGCAACGUCGGCAGGACAACUGGCUGGCGAGUAGACAAAAGAGGAAAGGAGAGAAUCGGUGGGAAGUGGAAGGAGGCACCGGUGACUGGCAGCCUCUGGCUCCGAUGUCUCGUUUACCAUAAUACAAGGCCCCUUCGGUGAGGGGCAGCCUGCGCGGCUGCGAGGAUGCACAGGGACCCUCCUCGAAACGGUAGCAAUGUAUCAGCAGGGCCGUGAAAAGCCGCGUCGCGGACGGCUGCGGAUCCGUGGGCUUAAAGGACGCGCAGCAAGGGACACGUGAUAUCCUGUCGUGGGUUCUGUCUCCUCUAUCGCUGUACCACGACGCUGUUACGAGCCGUACCUGUGCGUUUACACGACGUUGGAAAGAACGAUCGCGAGAACCUGCUGUGGAAAUUGUGCGCGGUACCGGGGAUGUAGAUACCAGCGAGGACGGACAGGCAGGAAGAGCGACUAGAUGGAUGUAGGAUUUGGUUGUCGUGGAGAGCGGAGAAGAGAGAUCGAUGGUAUCUCCGACGUGGUGAGAUCGUCGAACAGUGCCAGUUGAAACGGUGGCCAGUGAAAUGAGAACGUGGUGGAGCCGAUCGUGGAAGUCAGAAAUGUGGAGUGAAGUCGAGGUGUGAUUCGAGGCGACAGCGGUCAUGUCGUCUCGUUUGCACGUGGUUACGUGGACAUUGCGACGAGCACCCGACGACGACGUGAGCGUCGAGAGACCAGGAACUCGUCGAAGCACGAGUGGAUCUGCUCGUAGAUCGCUCGAAGAACGGAAGACACCUGUUCGAGAUUUUAAUCAGCCUUUCGGCCGUCAUACCGUUCUCGAAGAUUAGCUAGUAGCGCCGGUUCUCGGAAGAGGAUUAACACGUGGUCACGUCGUGGGAGGUUGCUUCCUGCUCGUUCCUGCGGGCAUCUUUUUUUUUUUUUCGGUCGCGCCGCAUUUGUCACCGUGCAAUCGGACUUUAGAGGAACAUGUGUUAAAUUAAUGCAACUUCUUUCGCGGCUGGUACCAUCUUUGAUUUGUCACGGAUGCUUUUCUCGCUCGCCGACGCCGUGAACCGUGAUGGAUUAACGGUGCGGAACUACGGAAAAAGGGGAAUGCUGAGGGAACGUCGCUGAGGAAGGAGGCUCGCGCGCGAUCUUUCACGCUUUGUUUUAGCAAACAAUGGCCAGCGACGAUUAACCCCGCUUCCUUGCUUAUCAUAAUUGUCCGUGUUAAACGUUCGCUAACACCGAGGUCAGUAUCCAAGUGUGUGUGGUGCGAGUGUUCAGUUCACGUGUCGAGGUAUUCCAAGUUGGUGGUUCGGCGAUGUUGGUGACCUCAAUGCCGGCAAUCGAGGCGAUCCUUGGGAUGUGUCAGUGUUUGACGAAGAUCGAACUGGACGACGCGUUGGAUUGAUCGUUGGAACUCGGGGGAUACUUGGAGAACCUGUUGUCUCCGUCCGGAGGAACGAUGGCGCGUAAGAACUGUGUCGAGCGUAAGCGAUACCCCUGUACCGUGAAAGCACCGUUGGAAAGUCGAUUCUGGACGCGAUCAACAACAGCGAAAGCAUCAGAGCACAGCGGGCGUAGCGGAGGCGCGAAACGUCGAAUCGGGUGAGAGCGUCGGGUAUCAGCGCUUGCGACGUGAUCGUCGGGAUCGAUAUUGAUAUCUGCCAGGCGUGCGGACGAUCGAUUUCACGACGGAAAGAUUACAGAACGGACGUGUUCGAAUUCGAGCCACGUCCGCAGCCAGCAGCCGCUGGGAGUCGAACAGCUCCUGGAGGAAAUCUUUGAGGCUUGACUAUCAUCCAAGCGGGAAGGUGUGGACGCCUCUUCCUGGCCAAUAAACCGAUUCGCCUGGGGUUCGAUUCAAUUAGCGAUUUGGAAGAAGCGGAGACCGAGGGUGUCGUUGGGGGGGGGGGGGCAACCCUCCCGUGUCGCCUGCGUCGGAAAAAAACGUCGAAUCGGUCAACCGAGAUGUCUGGAACGACGAUGGCACGCGUGAAGGAGCUCGCGUUCCCGCCACGAAAUCCUAUUAAUCCGAGAUGAAAUUCCAUUAAGAGCCCCUUUGGCUCUAGGGGUGUGUGAUCAACACGUUGCGGGAAAAAAGGGAAUUAACCCGCGAACUUGGCGACAAAGGCGAAGAAAAAACGGAGAGAAAGAGAGAGAGAGAGAGAGAGAGAUAGAGAGAAAGAGGAGCGCAGUUUUGCAGUUGUAGGGAGCAGCUCGAGACUCGUUUCCUGGCCAAUUAGAAACGCUUCUCUGAGGCAAAGGGCCGGGAUUAAUAUGUGCAUUGGACGAGCGCCGCGAGCUGGAAGUUGCCAGAGCGGCGUGAACACCGACGACAGCUGUCGAAAGGAAGACAAGGGGAUCCUCGAGCGGUGCUGGUGGUCCUGGGGAUCCUAUCCCGCGGGAAUGGGGAUGCUCCUGCCCGACGAAACUUACGAGGAACGUUCUUCGUCCUCGAGGCGAAGUUCCUGCCCGAACGUCCUCGCGGACAUCGACGAGGUCGAGGCGGCCAAGGCUUUGGCCGCGUUCAGAAAGUGCGACGAGUUCCUCAAGAGGCACGGGAUCAGGCCGGAGUUCUUCUGCAGGCACAGGGAACGGCUGGCGCUGCAAACUUGGCUGCUCCAGAGGUCGAAACUCUCCUCCGAUGCCUCGUCGUCGAACGAAGCGGUCCACCUCCAGCAACGUCUGAGGAGCUUGAGCACGGAACUGGUGACCCUGAGGAACCGGCUGCACGUGAACCAGCCGCCGAACAAUUCAGGGCCGAACGGCGGCGCGUCGGCGCCCCUGUCGAAGAGUCCGGAAAAAGGCGGCGUUCCAUCGUCACCAGCGCCGGCUGUUCCACCGAGGACCACGCUACCGCUUUCCGGCACGCUGCCACACGGCCUCGGUCAUCCUUCGGGGCACACGUUGACGGCGUCCGCGAUCGUUCAUCCGCACGUCAAUCACGCCGGCGCGAACACGCUCAGCCACAACUCGACCGCGGCUAAUAAUUUAAUAGAUUUGGAUCCACCAAAGCGGCACAAUAGGAUCUCGGACGACGGUAUAGUCUCGUGUGUGACGGCGCUCGGCUGUCUACGUUCGCCGCCGAUCUCGAGCAUCAUCGCCGACGUGAAAAACGCGAAAAGCAACCAGGGUCAGCAUCGAUGUGUUCCGAAAGGUACCGCGGCUUCGUCAGGGCCUGCUGCGACCUCCACGGCCUUGGACGACCUCAUUCAUCUGCCUGGGCCUCUGACGGAGGAUGCGGUGCUCAAGUGUCUGCAGGCUCGGUUCUGCGCCAAACAAUAUCACACGAACGUGGGCCCCAUACUGGUCUGUAUCAAUCCAUAUACGGACGUCAGGAAUCCAUUGACCUUAACGAGCACCAGGGCCGUACCUCUGGCGCCUCAGCUGAACAAAGUCGUUCAGGAGGCCGUGCGACAGCAAUCGGAAACUGGAUACCCUCAGGCCAUCAUUCUUUCCGGAACCAGCGGUUCCGGAAAGACGUACGCCUCCAUGUUGUUGCUCAGACAGUUGUUCGACGUGGCUGGAGGUGGUCCAGAAACGGACGCUUUCAAACACUUGGCGGCAGCCUUCACAGUUCUUAGGUCCCUGGGAUCUGCAAAGACCGCCACCAACUCGGAGAGUUCUAGGAUAGGUCACUUUAUAGAGGUCCAGGUUACGGACGGCGCCCUGUACAGAACGAAGAUACACUGUUACUUCCUGGACCAAACUCGAGUCAUCAGGCCGCUACCGGACGAGAAGAACUAUCACAUAUUUUACCAAAUGUUAGCUGGCUUGUCGCACGAGGAACGAGUCAAACUUAACUUGGAGGGGUAUAACUUGAAGAACCUGAGGUAUCUACAGCAUGGGGACACUAGACAAGAUGAAGCUGAAGACGCCAUCAGGUUUCAAGCGUGGAAGGCCUGUUUGGGUGUGUUAGGUAUACCAUUCUUGGACGUGGUGCGAGUGUUGGCAGCGGUGUUGAUCCUGGGCAACGUUGGUUUCACGGAUCGGCCAGGAAUGGAAGUCGGUGUCAUCGGUGAGAACGAGCUGGCUUCUGUCGCGGCUCUUCUAGGUGUGCCACCGCCAGCCCUGCUCAGAGGUCUCACCUCGAGAACGCACAACGCCCGUGGCCAGUUGGUGAAGUCGGUUUGCGACGCAAAUAUGUCUAACAUGACCAGGGACUCGCUGGCCAAAGCUCUCUACUGCCGUACCGUGGCCACGAUUGUCAGAAGGGCCAACAGCUUGAAGAGACUAGGCUCCACCCUUGGUACGUUGUCGUCGGACUCGAACGAGUCUGUCCAUAAUCAGGCCGAGGUGACCAGUCAACACGCGUCCACUAUUGGCAGCUCUGCUGGUGGCACCGGUUCCAGAAGUAUGGCCGCGCUGAACAACGCGGUACGACACGCAACCGACGGUUUCAUCGGGAUCUUGGACAUGUUUGGAUUCGAGGAUCCAAAGCCGAGCCAGCUGGAGCACUUGUGUAUCAAUCUGUGCGCAGAGACGAUGCAACACUUUUACAACACGCAUAUAUUCAAGAGCUCGAUCGAGAGCUGUCGCGACGAGGGUAUACGAUGCGACGUGGAGGUCGACUACGUCGAUAACGUGCCAUGUAUCGAUCUUAUCUCGUCUCUGAGGACCGGUCUAUUGAGUAUGCUGGACGUCGAGUGCUCGAUUCGUGGCACUGCCGAGAGCUACGUGGCGAAAGUGAAGGUUCAGCACAAACAGAAUCCACGGUUGUUCGAAUCUAGGACCGUGGAUUGCAGGUCAUUUGGGAUUCAGCAUUUCGCUGGCAGAGUCAUAUACGAUGCAUCCGAUUUCCUCGAUACCAACAAGGACGUGGUUCCCGACGAUCUGGUAGCUGUAUUCUACAAGCACACGUGUAGCUUUGGUUUCGCAACCCACCUGUUCGGCAGCGAGCUGAAAGCUCUCUACGCGAGUGAUACGGUGCCCAGGGGUGUCAGCUUCAGGAUAUCACCUACGUCUCACACCGACUUGCUGAACGGGGACGAGCCGAUCUCCACGUUAACGCAGGACUUUCACACGAGGCUGGAUAAUCUCCUGAGGACCUUGGUCCACGCGAGGCCCCACUUUGUCAGGUGCAUUAGGAGCAACGGUACCGAGACGCCGCUUCACUUAGACAGAGGCGUGACUAUGCGUCAGAUACGAUCCCUUCAGGUUCUCGAGACGGUGAAUCUAAUGGCCGGCGGUUAUCCGCAUCGGAUGCGUUUCAAGGCGUUCAACGCGAGGUACAGGCUGAUCGCUCCGUUCAAGCAAUUGCGCCGCGCGGAGGAGCAAGCGGUCGAGGACACGAAGCUGAUCCUGCAGAAUGCCCAGCAACUGAAGAGCAAAUUCGGCGCGAGCAUCAGCUGGGCGCUCGGAAAAAGGCACAUCUUCCUCAGCGAGGGCAUUAGGCAACAGCUCGAGAACCUACGCUCGGAAACGCGCAGGAAAGCCGCCACCGUGAUACAGUCGACGUGGAGAGGAUGGCGAGUGCGAAGAAGAUGGCCCCUGAGAAAGACCACGAUAGGUGUUACAUCCGGUAUCGGGCAGAAGAAGCCGCAACAGCCAGCGUCCACCAAUACGGGGACCGUUCAAAGGAACGUCACCACGGCCGCAGGUACCGGAACCGGAACGCGACCGAGGCCUCAGCCAAUCGCUGGCACGCCACCUCCCGAUCCAUCGGAGAAAUGUGCAGACCAGAAGAUGAUCCAGCAAACGUGCACGCUGUUCGGACUGGAUUUGGAACGACCGCCUCCGGUGCCACCCAGCAGAUCGUACACCGUGACUGGAAACACAAAGUUGGGCUAUCCGCAGACCAGGAUCAUGAAAAUGCCCUUCCCAGAAGAGGGUGAAGGGGAGGUGGUCCUCCUGAAGGGUGAGACGGUUCUGGUCGUGGGUGCGUCUCCCAGGCGUGGUCACCUGCUAGUGGAGCACAACAACACCACCCUACACGUGCCCUAUCAGUUCAUGGAGCUGAAGCCAUGUAAUAUUAACAUCUGAACGCGUUAUUUAUUUCCGUGACGUUCUCGUCGCUCUCGCCGCGACGCCCUGCGUUUAAUCUGCGAAUUCUGCCAGAACACUUUGUCAAAUUUGCUAUUCCUCCGUGGUAAGUUCAGUUCAACGUCCGGAGAUUACGUGCUUGCCUCACGGGACAGAAGUUGGAAUUUCUGUUUGGACCUCGACGGUGGAGUAAAAAUGGAAAAUUGUAGGGAGGCAACGAUUCGAGCAGCGUUGGGUCUUCGCCUCCUCUCCGCGAUUUCCAUUUUUCCUCCCUUUGUUGUACAUUUCUCCAACGGUAAUCCGUCAUUAUCCCGACGCUUUAUCUUCCUCGAUCCUAUAUCCUUUUUCCGCGUCUUUCAACUCAGCCGUUCUUCCCGCGGCAAAAACAACCAGCCGAUGGAACAAAAACGCAUCCGCGGGAGAUCGGACUUUCGUAUACAACUUUAUUCCUUCAUUCCUCGACUUCCAACGAACUUGGUUACUCGGUGUACCUUUUUCUCCAUCGUACGGCUACCCUGUUCGAGGUUGGCUCGAAUGUUUGAGCGUUGAUUGUUGAUUCUAGACAAAAAUGUUCGAUUAAUCAAAGGUAUUCUUUUGUGAUUUUAAAUUUAUGUCGUUUCAAGGGUUAAAUUAAUAUCACACUGAAAGAUGGCGACUCAGUUAAAUCCAUUUGAAAACUAAUAAUCAGACAGGAGGGGGGGGGGGGGGGCAUCAUUUUUUAUUAAUGCAAACUAAAAUAUUUUCAGAAAGUUAUUAAAAAAAAAGAAAGUGUGUGAAAACACGUGUGAAAAAUUCUCUUAAGCGUCAAAUAUUCGUAUGAUCAAUAUUCCGUGUCAUUUUGCAGUUUUAAAUUUCCCGUAAACACGUGAAAAACUCGUAGCACCAACAGCCAUUGUAAAUAAUUCAUUUAGCGAGCAAUUAGCGUGCAAAAUAAAAUUUCUGAAAGUACGGGUACUUUCAGCGUGAUGUUACACGCGACGUUGAACGUAGUUAAACCGUUGUUGAAGCAAAAGGGAGAAAAAUCCGGCAGAAAAGUUUUGUGAGCACACCGGGCGUCAUUCGGGCGGCGAGGUAACACGCCGAUAAGAUUAGAAUUAGAAGCGCGGCUAGAGCAGUGAACUUUGUCCUUUAAUUAAUUAUACCGGCCCGGUCGAGCGAGAAUUUUCACGCGGAAGUCACUACACCAGUGCUUAUCGUUCGCUCGAGACGCGUCUUGUCUUCCCUCUACGAGCCCCCACGUUCGUCUUCCAUGUAGAUAAGUACACUCGCGUUUUCGAAUUAGUAAGCAUGUUCAGCCGUUAAACGCCAGGUCUCGCGAUCCUCAGCGUAGACACGAGUAGAAUUUACGUUGUUGUUGUUCGAUCGUGCGACGAGGAAAACGCAUCGAACGAGACGAGAGAAUUUCAAGAUCACGAAAUUUCUGGAUUUCUGGUUGUGACGACGAUGCGUGAGCGUGCGAAUUUCGAGGAUUCUCCGAGUCUUGUUUUUUUUGGAAUAAUGGAUGUGUACAAGGAGAAUUUAAUUUAGGAUGAAAAAUUGAACAUAUAUGUAUAGUACACUGGCUCGAGAAUGCAUUCGAACGUUUGUAAGAAUUGUAAGUGCAUGUAAGUGUUGUAUAAAACAUUUCGAAAUUUUGCUAAGAUUGCAGUGUGAGAUUCAACAUAUAAUAUUAUAUGGGAAAUACAAGAAAUUACUUGUAGAAAUUUUUCGCGAACGUAUUAUAAACACUGCGAUUGCAUUUAAAGUUUGAAAAUAUGUACACACAACUUGCAAGAUAUUUAACACGAGAGUAAUUAACAAGCUUCGAUAUUUGUCUAAUUAGAUCAUUGUAUUUAAUACUUGUUACAUGUUUUCCAGAUUUCAUGUUCACAACAAACGUCUCCUGACUUUCACAUUUUCAUAUUUACGCAAUUUCAAUUUCUUAACCAAUAUAAUAUGUUCCGUUAAAAAAUAUAACGUGCAACACCAUAAAAGCUCUUCCAAGUGUUCGAAUAGCCACUCUGUCAGCCACUGUAUGCCUAGGGGAUAUUACAGGAUAUUUACCAACAGUAUUCUUUCGUCUGUCUUUGAAUUCUUAGUGCCAAUUUCUAGAAAGAAAUCUGUCGCUACGGUAGAACGAUCCGAGUAUCGUCUCGGUGAAUUUCUUUGGUCGAGCUGUUUGUUGAGUGGACGCGUUGGCAAGGAGUUUUCAAUUUCAGAGACGAGAUUCGAUCGUUCUACGGUAUAUUUUCGUACAUGUAUUAUAAGCGAUUAAGUGAUCGAUUACGUAAGGCAGCUGGAGAAUAUCUCUAAAGGAUAGAUCUAAUCGUACAAGUUACUCUAUCAUUAUCGCGAUAAUCAUAACAGGCCACAAGUUUCAACAUUGAAUCGGGUAAGGUAGAUAGAACAAACAGAGUGAGAGAGAGAGAGAGAGUGUGAGAGAGCGCUUUGUAGAUAUAUGAAACUCGUUCAGUUAGGAACGAUAAGCGUCCAUUGAGUGGAACAGGCGAGAGUUCAGCCUGGAAACUCUGUCGAGUUCAGCGUCUCGAGAAUAUGUAUGUACAUACGAGUAUGUAUGCCGAAUGUUACGUAGGUUCACAGAUACCGGAGCUGAUGCACGCGUAUAGGUAGUUGUAAGUGCGUCGAGAUAUUUUUGAAUAAAAUAUAAACGUCUUUGAA